AUGAUAACUUAUAGUAUUAAACAAUUGAUGAGUCUUUGUUCGGAUUAUGCACUUGAUGCACAAAUUCAAAAGAUUCUUUUCUCAUUGGAUUUAUGGGUACCUAAAGCAGCUCGAGAAGUACAAAUUGAUACCGUAGCACAACAACAGUAUGCUUCAGCUGUUUUUUCUGGUUUUAAUCGUGCUAGAUCUCCAACAAGAAAUGAUACCAUAAUUAGCAAUCAUAAUGUUAACAAUAAAUUACGUCGUACAUUAGUAUCACGAUCGAUGUCAGCUGAAGUUUUUCAUAGUUCAAUUGAUAUAGGAUAUAAUGGAAUAACAUCAAAGAAUGAUUUACGAGAUUUAAAUAAAACUAAUACAGCAUUGAUUAAAAAAUCUAGCAAUGGACAUAAUCUUGAUGAAACAUUACAAACAGGUCAAUCACAAAUUAAAUUAAUGCCUAUUUUAGAAGGUGGUGAAAAUGAAGAUAAAUUCAAUGAACAACAACAACAACAACAAACAAGAUCUAAUAAAGAGAUUUCAUUAACAACAACAACACUUGAUUGGACACCAACUGAAAAUGAAUCAUCAACUACUGCUGGUCGAACAUCAAUUGAUGCACUUUUUGAAUUAAGUGUUCGUGCUGAUUCAGCUCUUAAAACAGCUUUAUGUGAAAAUGCAGUAAUAACAACAAAUAUUUCACAAAAUAAUUCUAAUACUGAUCGUAUUACUUUACGUAAAAGUGUCAGUGUUAUGAAUCAAAAACAAAAAACUGGUAGUGGUCGUUCACUUAUACGUGCUAAAUCGGAUAUGGCUGGUAGUGAUGCAAGUCGUAAACGUGCUUUAGCACAUAUUGCUCGUGCUUCGGAACGUUAUUUUAGUGAUGAUCCAAAACUAGUUGCUGAAAUAGAAGAACUUGAACUUGAAUAUUUAUUUAAUUAUAUUCGUUAUUUGAAAACAUUUCCUAAAUAUGCUGAUAUGACUGAAGAGGAAAUCUUACGUGAAGUUGAAAGUGAUCCACAUACAUUACGUCAACGAACAAAAGAAAUUUUAAAAGGAAAAAUGUCUGAUUCAUAUGCAGCUUAUAUUGCUAAAUAUCCAAUAAAAAAACAACGUCGACGUGAACAUCCAACAUCACCAAAUAAAUAUCGUAAAUGUUCACGACGAUGUUUUGAUGGACAAUUACGUACAUGGCGUCGUAAUUUACAUCAAUUUGAUGAAAAUAAUGAAUAUAAUAAACAAGAAUUGACAGAUACUAUUGAAAUAAAUAACAUCAAUGA